AUCGACUGGACUCGACGCUGUGCUCGCUGUUGUUACCAGCUCGAGUGGAUCCCCUCGACUCGUCGUCAGAAGCGGCCGGCUGGCUCGCGUGCGACAUAUCUCGGCCACCCGAGCUGGAUUCAGCCUCAAAUCUCGCCAUCACAUGGUCAACCAUUCGGGAAAGCAUGACCGAGAUGUCAUUUUGGCCUCCAAGAUGCGCGUGCGGGUUGGCCUCGGCAUGAUAACCCGCCAUGAAGCUCUGAAAUUCUUCCUCAGACUCGAACGUCAACACUUCGUACACAGGGAAGGCUUCCAUGGACUCGUCGUCCACCAUCUCGACCUCAGGGAAGGCUUCGCGGGCCCAAUCGACGACUUGGAGGCGUUGGACGUCAUUUCCAGCCCACUCUUCGAAGGCGUCGGGGCCCUUGAUGUUCAUGAAGUCGGCAGUUAUCUGUUUGAAAGGGAAGACCCCAACGUCUUUGUAGAUGGAAUUGCAGUUCUCUUCCGCAUGGGCCUUGAUAAGCAAGAUGGCAUCCAGACCUUCGGCCGCAACGUGUUCUUCCAAAGCGUACAAAAGGGCGCUCAAGUUCUCCGUAUAAUUGGGAGACUGGCCAUUCUCUUGACUUUCCCUCAUGAAGGUGGCGAUGGCUUCGAGAUCGUCUUUAACUCCAGGCAUUUCGGUCAGGUUGUGCUUGUUGUUGGUGGCGAAGGAAAAGAUAAGGGGCGAGGGAGGAAUGCUUUAAGGCGUUGUCUUGAAUCACGAUUGGCGGGUAAUCCACUCCUUGUCCCUGCUCUUUCGGCGAUCCUUAUAUGUUCUCUCCGCACACCUAGGUCAUAGUCAGGUCACCCAUCCUAUCAAACCGACCAGUUCGCGAACACUCCGUUGUCUACGGGUCCACCCUACGAUCAAAAGAAGCAUUCGGUCAGGGCCUGAGCAUCCUUCCGGACUAGCGCUCCUUUCUUGGCACUUCCCACUUGUGGUGGACACAACCUUUGUCUUGCCUUCCUUUCAGAUGUACUUCUUUUGUGAACACAGUUGCCUAUGCGGAUGGAUUGACAAAUGGUUCUUCUUCAAGUCAAACGAUGCAAGGGGUCUCAAUUCAGUGCUCAUGCUGCACAAACCGACUUCCGCAUAUCGCCACACAGCAAGCGCAAUGGGAGAGUGAAGAAGGGGGUAUCGAGCCAGGCGCGCUUCUCGCUUUCUCGAGGCGUCG